AGCCAUCAUCAUGACCAACGAUAGAUCUUUGAUUAGGAAUAUAAUAAAGUGUUGAUUGCGAAACACACAAAUGAUUUUCUAAUGUCAACUUCGAUGCAUUGUAGGUACUCAAUGCGCGUCUGCGAGCCAAUGAUGUGUUGUAUUGAUAGGCAAGUAUGGAAAUCUGAUCGACACGAACGUAGAUCUGACAGACGGCUCAAACCCUACAAUUCGUCGCCCUGAAUCUUCGCAUCUGGCGUGCAUACACCGCAACUCUUGGGGCAAACACGUUUCAUGUAAUUCGCAUUGUUUAUGCAUUCGUCCGAAUCCCAGAUGGCCCACUCGGCGCACAUGUGAUGUUCGUCCUCGCAUUUUUUCUUCUGCUUGGUGUGGUCGGAAUCAUUCCUAAUAGUUUUCUUGGGUCCACCAAUGUUGGUGAUGUCCAAAACAGUCUUGCUUCCGUCCGGAUUCAGAACGUAUCCAUGUUCACCCGGUCCACUCCAUUUCCGAGAAAGAUUUGUGUUGCACCAGUAGUUUUCACAGCUUUUAGAAGGUCGAUUUUAAAAGAAAAUAGAGGUCGACACAGUUGUUUGUAGAUUAGUCUGGGAUCCGCUGUUUCUGGAUAGGAAAGAAAUACUUACACCCUUUUGUUUGAAAAAAUCGAAUGCAAUCACAAAUUAUACUUACGUUGGCUCCUCCAUGGUUGUCCCGUGCAUUUUAAGGGGGAUUUCGUAUUCUGUAUCGGGCUUUUCUGUCCAGUGUGGUGGAAUCGCAAUAACCUUGGCAUCGUUAUCGAAGGUUUCUUUAUAUCCAUGGGUUGGAUAGUAAUGCACAAAAACGCUGCUGUACCAACUCCCUUUGAAUGGACGGGGGCGUCCGUGAAAGCAUUUGCUGCUCUCAUAAAAUAGAAGAUCGCCGCUCUUCAGUGUCACCUCGUGAGUGGCUGAAUGAAAUCAAACCAAAUCGAAUCGAUUUAAACCACGGCAAACAAUUGAAGUGUUCCGACAAAAACAGAAAAGCCAAAAUAAUAAUAACGGUGUUAGUUUGAUCAAAGAACCCAAUUCUGCACAGGAGCAAUAUCCACGACGAAAAUACAACGACACUAUUAUCUGUGUUCUGUCCAACAUCGAUGACUUGAGCAUUUUGCUGUCAGUUCCAUUGAGUUGUAUUGGAUUGUACGAUGCGACAGUAUAGUAUACAUACUUCCUUGCAAAUCUUCAAUCAGGAUCGGCCACGGUUCAGCAUCGUCGGAAGAAUCGAUGUGAAGGAUAAAAGAAAUCACGUGCGUUCUAGUCUUGUCGACGUGGACGUGCAGUCUCGAUGUGUUGCGAUACAACCGAAAGCCAUAAGCAAUGACUGGUGUCAAUUCAAAGCCCGUCCAUGCCUCGGGAUAAUGCUGCAGCUCUUCGAGGACCCGUUGGGUCAGAUCCUUACGGUCGAUGAACCACGGGCGGGGCUCGGUAAUCGCGUUAAUUUCAGCCUCGAGGCGGGGCCCUUCCUCCACGCCCUUCCGAAUCGCCUGCCGAAGAUCCUCCAUCAAUCCAUCGGGUGCCCGUGCAAGUCCAAAGCCGUGCUCCGUAAAAUUUUUCUGGAGGAAACCGGCACUGAUUGUCUGCGCGAAUCCCUCGAAUCGGUCCGACCGGUCCUUAAUUUCGCCGACCUGGCGCAGCCUGUGCUCGAACAGCUUUCUCCAUCCGGGCGUGUCGGGAACGAAUUUUUCCGGGGGCCACGUAUGGUUUCUCGCGUGGUAAAGCUCAACUCGCUCUUCCUCGGUACGUCCGCGCACCGGCGUAACGAGGAGGGUGCUCAAAAGAGCCAUUCCCAGGAGGAGUAGGGAGCAUGAAAUACGUGUGUGGUGGGUCAUCGUAUUCGUCGUAAUGUUUCGAUGUAGAGGUUGGAGUGGGCUUGAGACAAAGUUGGUUCUCUUUGUCCAGUGUAUGUUAGGCUCUAGUUUUGUGAUUGCUAGAUGCUAGAUCAAACGGUCGUGGGCAAUGGCAAAGGCGUCUCCUAUCGUAUUCACAGAAUGCAACACCGAUGAUAAAGUGACCAAGAGUCU